CGCUCGGAUGUGAAGUAUCUCGCAGGCUCCAAGUUCCCAGAGAGGCGGCGACGCGGCCGAUGACAACAUUAGGCCGCGACGAGCUCCGGGCCGGGCGGUGGUGGGAGCGGUAGCCCGAGCGGCUGUGGCGUUAGGUUUUACCGCGCCACGAGCCGCAGCGAGAAUCGGGCAGAAGAGGGGAAGGCGGAGCCCGCCCUGGCCAGAGGACCGCGGACCCGGAGUUCCCGCCCCCCUCUCGUGCAGAGCCGGCAGCGUCUCCGCGGCAGCGAGCCAGCGCCCUCGGUCUGGGCUCGCGCCCUAGCUCCUGCGGGCUACAGAAGCCGAGAGAAGUUGGGGUCCGCCCGGGCGCGUGCAGGGCCCCGGAGGAACCGGCCCUCUGCUGCCCGCCUCUCCGGGGGCUCCGCACCGGAUUUUCAAAUUUACAGGAUGGCUAAAUAUUAAUGGAAAGAGAAGCAUAUACUUACCUUCUUUCACUAUGGAUGCAGGUUUGGCAGAUGGAGAACCUGAUCAAACUUCGAUCUUGCCAUAUUCAGAAGUUGCUGAAGUUCAAGAGACACUUCUUGGUGAUAGCAAAGAUGUCCUUGGGCCCUCAACUGUGGUAGCAAAUAGUGACGAAUCUCAACUUCUGACACCAGCAAAGAUGAAUCAGCGCCAAGGGAAAGAAGCUUAUCCAACGCCAACCAAAGAUUUGUAUCAGCCAUCUUUUAGUCCAGCAAGCCCUCAUAGUCAGGGUUUUGAAAGAGGAAAGGAAGACACUUCUCAAAAUAAAGAUGAAUCUUCACUUUCUAUGUCAAAGAGCAAGUCUGAAUCUAAACUUUAUAAUGGCUCAGAGAAGGAUAGUUCUGCUUCAAGCAAGCUCACAAAAAAAGAAUCUCUCAAGGUGCAAAAGAAAAAUUACCGAGAAGAAAAGAAAAGAGCCACAAAGGAGUUACUCAGUACAAUCACAGAUCCUUCUGUUAUUGUUAUGGCUGAUUGGUUGAAGAUUCGUGGUACUCUAAAGAGCUGGACCAAGUUGUGGUGUGUUUUGAAACCCGGUGUGCUACUGAUUUAUAAAACCCAGAAAAAUGGUCAGUGGGUAGGAACAGUCCUUCUGAAUGCCUGUGAAAUCAUUGAACGUCCAUCAAAAAAGGAUGGCUUUUGUUUCAAACUUUUUCAUCCUUUGGAGCAGUCUAUUUGGGCAGUGAAGGGUCCAAAAGGUGAAGCAGUUGGAUCUAUAACUCAGCCCUUACCUAGCAGUUAUCUGAUCAUCCGAGCUACUUCAGAGUCAGAUGGAAGGUGCUGGAUGGAUGCUUUGGAGUUGGCUUUGAAAUGUUCUAGUCUUCUUAAACGUACAAUGAUCAGGGAAGGAAAGGAACAUGACCUGAGCAUUUCAUCAGAGAGCACACAUGUGACUUUGUAUGGCUUAUUACGUGCUAACAAUCUCCACAGUGGUGACAACUUUCAGUUAAAUGAUAGUGAAAUUGAACGGCAACAUUUUAAGGACCAAGAUAUGUACUCUGAUAAAUCCGAUAAAGAAAAUGAUCAAGAGCAUGAUGAGUCUGAUAAUGAGGUGAUGGGAAAAAGUGAAGAAAGUGACACAGAUACAUCAGAAAGGCAAGAUGACUCUUAUAUCGAACCUGAGCCCAUUGAGCCUUUAAAGGAGACUACCUACACUGAACAGAGCCAUGAAGAACUCGGAGAGGCAGGUGAGGCUUCUCAAACAGAAACUGUGUCUGAAGAAAACAAAAGCCUUAUCUGGACCCUGCUGAAACAAGUCCGUCCUGGCAUGGACCUGUCCAGGGUAGUUCUGCCUACAUUUAUUUUGGAACCUCGUUCUUUCCUGGAUAAACUUUCAGAUUACUACUAUCAUGCAGAUUUCCUGUCUGAGGCUGCUCUUGAAGAAAAUCCUUAUUUCCGUUUGAAGAAAGUAGUGAAAUGGUAUUUGUCAGGAUUCUAUAAAAAGCCAAAGGGACUGAAGAAACCUUACAAUCCUAUACUUGGUGAAACUUUCCGUUGUUUGUGGAUUCAUCCUAGAACGAACAGCAAAACUUUUUAUAUUGCUGAACAGGUGUCCCAUCAUCCACCAAUAUCUGCCUUUUAUGUUAGUAACCGAAAGGAUGGGUUUUGCCUUAGUGGUAGUAUCCUGGCUAAGUCUAAGUUCUAUGGAAACUCAUUAUCUGCAAUAUUAGAAGGAGAAGCACGAUUAACUUUCUUGAAUAGAGGUGAAGAUUAUGUCAUGACAAUGCCAUAUGCUCAUUGUAAAGGAAUUCUUUAUGGCACAAUGACAUUGGAGCUUGGUGGCAUAGUCAAUAUUACAUGUCAAAAAACUGGAUACAGUGCAAUACUUGAAUUCAAACUAAAGCCAUUUCUAGGUAGUAGUGACUGUGUUAAUCAAAUAUCAGGGAAACUUAAAUUGGGAAAAGAAGUCCUAGCUACUUUGGAAGGCCAUUGGGAUAGUGAAGUUUUUAUUAAUGACAAAAAGACUGAUAAUUCAGAGGUUUUCUGGAAUCCAACACCAGACAUUAAGCAGUGGAGAUUAAUAAGGCACACUGUAAAAUUUGAAGAGCAGGGGGAUUUUGAAUCAGAGAAACUCUGGCAGCGGGUAACUCGAGCCAUAAAUGCUAAAGACCAAACGGAAGCUACUCAGGAGAAGUAUGUUUUAGAAGAAGCUCAAAGACAAGCUGCCAGAGACCGGAAAACAAAAAGUGAAGAAUGGAUAUGCAAGUUAUUUGAGCUUGAUUCGCUCACGGGGGAGUGGCAUUACAAAUUUGCAGACACUAGACCAUGGGAUCCACUUAAUGAUAUGAUACAGUUUGAAAAAGAUGGUGUUAUCCAGACCAAAGUAAAACAUCGCACUCCAAUGGUUAGUGUCCCAAAAAUGAAACAUAAGCCAACCAGGCAACAGAAGAAAGUGGCAAAAGGCUAUUCCUCCCCAGAACCUGAUAUCCAGGACUCAUCUGGAAGUGAAGCUCAGUCAGUAAAACCAAAUACAAGAAGAAAGAAAGGGAUAGAACUGGGAGACAUUCAAAAUUCCAUCGAAUCUAUAAAACAAACACAGGAAGAAAUUAAAAGAAAUAUUAUGGCUCUUCGAAAUCAUUUAGUUUCAAGCACACCUGCCACGGAUUAUUUUCUGCAACAAAAAGACUACUUCAUCAUUUUCCUCCUGAUUUUGCUUCAAGUUAUAAUAAACUUCAUGUUCAAGUAGAAGUUCCUUACAGUUGAAUCAAUGACCUGGAAUGAUCAGAUUUGGCCUGGGACCAAAUGUUCAAGUUGCUUUGGUCUUUAUUAAAACGUCACAAUAUUUCUAAAACAAAAAUCUUAGAGAUAAAUGUAGAGGUGUUGACCUUUCAUACAUUUUAUUCUUAAUCUGAAAUAAGAACUAUUGGUUAUUAAAGUGAGCUAUGUGUUAAGUGCCAGAACAUUUCUAGCUUUUGUGACAAUGUGUUUACAUGUGAGUAUGAUAAAUCCACAUGUAUACACAAUUGUGUCUUAUGUAUAUCUGACAGUAGUCUUUGUAUUCUAUAGUAUGUUCUGAGAUAUAGCAUUAACAUUCUUAUGAAAUAUAUAUAGCAGUCUCUUUUCUUCAUAAAACAGGCACAAGACUUAUCCAUAAGGAAUUACAGAAUGGGAAAUGAUGGCAUAAUAGACAUCAGUAGUUCAAAACAUGGUCCUGUUAAAAAAAAAAAUCAUUUCCAAAGCACCCAGAUCAAUUGUCUUCUUAGAAAUAGCAAGAACAAAGUGUAGUCAAAAUUGAUGUACUGAGAGAGACAAGAUGGAAAAUUGCUUUUUAAAAAGUUUACACGUGAUUUUUUUUAACCCCUAGAAUUUAAUAUUUGUAGAUAAAAGUAUAAGUGUAUGUGUGUAUAUCAAUAUAAAGAAUUGGUAUGCAGCUAUUUGGAUCUGUUCAUUAUGUCUUUUCUUAUACCUAUACAAUACCACCUUAAGCACUUGCUUAAAAAAGUCUGGUCAAAAUUUAUUGCUGUUCUUUUUUCUUAUUUUUGUUUUUUGUAACUCCAUUGGUCCAAUAGCAUAUGCCAAAUUCUGGACAUGUUUAUAGGGCAUAUGAAAUUCUGAUAAUUUAUGUUUCUUUCAUUAUGAAACACGUACUUUAGCUUUCAUUUAGAUCCUAGUGUGUUCAGUGAACAAAUAGAAAAAAUUACAGCCAAUAUUUUAUUUCAAAAGCCAAAAGAGAGAAAGGCGAUAAGAAAGGACACUUUGUGUGGUAGCAUUUACAUGUACAUUAAAAUUGGUUUCUUUAAAGUGUGCAAUAAGUUGAGCAUUUAAGAAGAGCAUCAAGUUCUGAAGUUUAAUUCCUUAUUCUCUUCCUCUGAGCAGCUUCAUUCUGUGAUAAAACCACAAUUAUUGAAGAUUUUUUUUGUUCAGGCUCAGGCAAACAUUUUCCUAAUUUGGGGGGUAAUAUUUUUACUUUUUUCAUAAAUAUUUACAUUCCUCAGAAGCAAUUUUUGCAAAUGUAGGUAAGCUUAUGAACAUGUUUUCCUAAGAUAGGUCUCAGAAUCCUGAAAUAUAGAUUUCAAAAUGGCUAUUAAUAAAAAUAAAAUAAUAACUUCUGGCUACAUUUGCCUUUGAUUAAGAAGAGAUGUGAGACACUAGCAAGAUUACAAUCGACUGUUUAUGCCAUGAUAAAUAUAAAAUCAAGGAAUGAUUGCUAAAUUGCAAAAAUGGAAAGUGAUGAAAAAGAGCCUGCUUUUUUCCCUCUAAUAUAGCUAUCUUAAGUAGCCUGAGGUUUUAAAAAGAGCCAUUUCCCAUGUAGUUUUGGCAAAAUAAUGCUGUAUUCCAUAUGUACAUGCAAAAACAUUUUUUUAAUUAACUGAAAUAUAAAUAAGAUAUGCCUACACUUGGUGUAAGUAUAGGUAUAAUAUGACUACACAAAACAGGUUGGAUCUCUUGGUAUUUCAUACUUGUCAAUAUAAUUUUUGUCCUUACUUUCUGUUACCAAUGUUGUAUGCUCAACGGCCUAUUCAUUGAUAGAUGAUAUUUUGUAAAUAUUGUACAAUUUGAUCCUUUUUAUGGUUUAAAUUAGUAUUUAUAUCAUAUAUAAGAUGAUUGGCUGAUCACAAAAAUCAUUUCAUCAUUAAAUCCUGAAAACUUAUUUUAAAUUUUUUGUUGAUAACCCCACUUUGGGGUUUUAAUCUUACCUACUUGUGUAUUAUUUUCAUGUGGUCUAAAUAGUGUUUUAUUUGUAUAGGUAUCUUCUAGGACUGGAAAGGUAAUUAUUUUCUUUUUUUAAGGCAAUGUUUUAGGUUCUUUACUCAAGUCAAAACUAUUUCAUGAAAAAGAGCAGGGUUACUCAUGACUGUUUCUUAUACACUGAAAGCAUGUAUCUAAUCGAUGGUCUUAUGCUUUUAGUUGUAUGAGUUCCUUUCUGUGAACUGAACACGAAACUCAGGAAUUGGUGGCUUAGUUUUAGAUCAGUGCUUAUACUAGGCUUAGAAUGUGAAUCCUUUAAAACACAUAAUUAACUUUGUAUGUAGCCAUAUAUGUAAUUGACUUUGAAUGUUCUCUACCUGAAAUUAAUAUUCCUUCAAACAUGGAUUCAUAAAAAUUGUGAUUACAGUUCCCAAUUUUCUGAGAAUCUCAUAACAAUUUCUAGGAUUUAAGAUCUUAUGACCACUUUUUUUUCAUUUGAUCAAAAAUUUUAUUUUUUCACAGGAAAUUUUAGAUAGUAAUAAUUAUUGACAUUUGCAAUUGUUUUGGUUAUUAAAUGUGCUAUGCCUUCAAUUAUCUACCACUUAGUGGGGUGUAGCUGGCCCAGGAAUAGACAGUAAAUAGGGCAUGUAAAACAAGUAAUUUUCAGCAAUAGAUAUUUUAUUUGUAUUUCAUGUUAGUACUUUUUUGUAUCACUUGUAAAGGUACAGUGUAGUCUUUGUCACCAUUCCAUUGAAAAAGUUGGCCUUGUAAAAUACAACACUCAUUUAGUAUUCACGCUUUUGUGCCUUUAACAAAAUACUUUUUGUUAUUUUUGUGUUACAGAACUCUCCAGUAUAAUUCAAAGUGUUUAUAGGCUUACUUGUCAUAAAGGGUCAUUUCUCUGUGUCAUUUUAUUUCCUUUUAUAUAGCUCUAGUAUAAACAGUAAUGCUGUACUUUUAUAAGGGUUUGUCUAUUUAACUAUUUCAAAUAUAUUCAUUCUCAGAUAUCAUUGAAGUAGACGUGUCAGAGUAUUCUGAGUAUUGUAAACAGUGCCUUUUUGAUGGAAUUCACACUGUUUUGGGUGUCAACUUGUGCCAUAUACACAUAAAAUUCUGUAGAAGGCAGUUUUAACUUUUUGAAGAAUAUCUUAGUCAAAUAUUUAAGAAAAUAAAUGUAUAAAAUUCCCUUUUUUCCAGUGUUUAGCAUUUCUGAUGAGUAAUGAAUAUAUUUUGGGGUUUUUUGGGGUUGAUAUACAGUGAUGAUGGCAAUAUUGAUGAGCCAUACAUGAUGCUGUAGAUUUUGAAUUAUGUUAAAUGUACAGAAAUAAAAUACUAAUAUUAGCAUUUAUACCAAAUUUUCCAAUUUGAAACAAUAAGGGGUAACACCAUACAAAUCAGUAAGUUUACAUUUCAACUUCUAUCUCAUUUGACUACAUGGAUAAAGAAAUUCUUUAAAAUGUGUAAUCUGCCACUAUUAUGUAAUUUGGUUUCAUUUUGUUUACAUACAGUGUGUGAAUUUAGUAUAUUUAAGUUACUUUUUGUGACUCUUUAACAUACUGUUUGUUUUGUUAGUUUUUAAUUGGAGAUGGACUGUUAAAAUUGUAUAAGACCAGUGUCUCCUUCAUAUGAUUAACAUAUUUAGAAGAGCCACAAGAAACCCAUGACAAAAUGAAUGUGAAUAUACUUUCUAAAAUGUUUAGAAAAUAUUAUCUUUUUGCAUUUAUCAUGUAAAAUUAUUUUAGUAUUAUAAUAUUGAAAUUUAUUUUAAAAAUGCCAUGAAACAUUUAAACUGAUGAGCCACAGAACUUCAGUUGAAAAUUUUUUCACUUUUUAGCAUGCUAAAUAUACAUCUAAGUUAAAUAUACUGUUGAAUGGCCAUUUAUAAAUUCAAACACUACCACUGGUCAGUUUUGUAUAAUAGAAAAAAAGUAUGUUAUCUGCAGUGUAAGUACAGCACACUGUCAAAUCCUUUCCCUAAGGUGCAUAGUAGAUGUACAGAUAGUCAUAGGCAACUGUUUUGUAAUGUAUCACAUUUCUAAUCUGUUAUUCCUAAUAACCUAUUAUAAAUGUUUGCAGAGACAAAAGAAUUGAAUUUUUCUAAUCUGUAAAAUUAUGCUAACUUCUACAUGUAGGUAUUCUGAAUAAAAUUCUUAAAAAGA